AUGAGAUUAAUAAUUAGUUUUGUUAUAUUAUUAGUAUCAAUUGUAUGUAUAUUAUCAAUAGAAUUAAGAAAUGAUUCUUCAUAUACUUCAUCAGAUGCAUCAUCAACAACAUAUAAUUGGUUAAAAACUGAAAUGUAUACAAAUUCAAAUACAUGUGAAGGAGAUUUAUUAUCAGCGGCAUAUUUAAAAACAGGUAUUUGUGGAUUUGAAGGAAUUUCAAGAGUGGUCUGUUUAGAGGAUGGUUCUAUUGAAAAUAUAAUUUAUUCAAAACAAGGUUGUACAGGUGAUAUUAAAGAAAGAAUUAGAGUUGAACAAAAUAAUUGUACAAAUUCAGAGAAAUAUAUUUGUACUGAAUCAAUUGAAAUACCAAGUAAUACCUAUCAAGUUUGGUAUACUCAUUCAACCUGCGAAAAUGAUAAUUGGAAAGAAGAUGUUUGGCAAAUGGAAUAUAUUUUAUUAAAUACAUGUUUAUUUAGUAAUGCAGGUUCAAAUAUGCUUCAAUGUAAUUCCACUUUGGCAUAUGAAAAUAUAUAUAAUUCAACAAAUACAUGUAAUUCUUCGAACCAAACUGGUUAUAAAUUUAUAACAUUACCAGAAUGUAGUAAAAAAUCACCAGUGUUUUCAAUUUGCGAUAAUGGUCAAUAUUAA